GCACUGGCAACUCAUGAAAGCAACGCCCAGGGCGGUAAAGUGGUGCCUACUUGCAAAUCAAGACCGGAUAUGUCGUGAUACAUCAAUGGGUGUCCACCUCGCUCGGCCCUUGUCGCUCGCUACCCACAGGACUGGGUCGCUAUGAUACCGAAAGUGCUUCUGACCCUACGAAACUUGCUCGAAGCCGAGGCCCAGGCUGAAUUGCAGUCAUAUAUACGACCAUAGAUCGAUGAGAUUCUCUCAUGAUUCGGUCUUGCACCACUAAGGAAUACUAGUGACAACAACAAUUCAUCAUGGGCAGUCUCGACUACUCCGAGUUCAGGAUCUUGACACCAUGUGCGAUCCUGGGACAUGGGUUCAGAAGCGACCACUUCUGGCUGGGCGUCGACAAGUUCAAGCCCGCUGCAAUCAUCGUUGAUGCAGGCAGCACUGACGGCGGGCCAUACAAGUUGGAAAUGAAUAAGAUGACUUGCGGGAGAGAAAGCUACAUCAGGGAUCCGACACAUAUGCUGGAAGCCUGCUUUUACCGGCGGAUCAAAGUAUUGAUUUCCUCGGCAGGGGGCGAUGGCAGCAACAAGCACGUUGACGAAAUGCUGGAUAUCAUCAAGGAGAUCGCGAGUGCUCAUAAUUUCUCGUUCAAGGUCGCCACAAUCACGACCGACAUCAGCCGGGAAACAAUAAAAGCUAGAAUCCUCAAAGGUCAAGCUCAUCCUUGUGGUCCGGUGGCCGACCUCACGGAAAUGGAUGUGGACAGAGCUGUCGAUAUCGUCGGCCAGAUGGGUGCCGAGCCGUUCAUCGCUGCCUUGCAGACAGACCCCGAUAUCAUCCUUUCUGGCCGGUCCUAUGACCCCUCGCCCUUCGCUGGAUUCUGCCUCAGCGGUGGUGUCGAUCCUGGGGUUGCAUGGUACCUGGGAAAGAUCAUGGAAUGUGGUGCAUUCUGUGCUGUGCCCAAAGGGCGGACCAUGGUCGCCACAGUCAGACAAUCGUGGUUCGACUUGACACCAGUGUCCCCGUUCGAAGCAUGUACACCCGUCUCUGUCGCCGCUCACACCCUCUAUGAGAAGACCCGACCAGACAGACACCCUGGUCCAGGUGGUGUCGUGCACUUGGAUUCCGCUCAGUACGAACUGCUUGCAGAUGGUAGGACGGUCCGAGUUUCUGGAGCCAGUUUCAUGCCGACGCCCAUCUAUCAAGUUAAGUUGGAAGGCGUGGAAAGGUUAGGACACCGGACAAUCUUUAUCGGCGGUAUUCGAGACCCAAUCUUGAUUGCACAAAUCGACGAGUUCCUGGAAAGGGCUCGAGCGUACACGCAAAAGAUGUUUCCCGAGCUGGACCAAGACGAGCAUUGCCAACUUAAUUUCCAAGUGUACGGCAAAACUGCGGUCAUGGGUCCAUUCGAGCAAUCCAAGGUCACUGCUCAUGAGAUCGGAGUCCUGGGCGAGGUUGUUGCUCCCACGAAAGAGAAGUCACACGCAAUCGCCAACAACGUGCGAGCAUCUAUCCUGCAUAUGCCAUACGAAGGACAAAUGGCAACGGCCGGCAACUUUGCUUCACCAUUGUCGCCCCACGAGCAGGAUGCAGGUGAAGUGUUCCGGUGGAACAUCUACCACCUCAUCGAUCUACAUCCUGGGGAGGAGCUCAGUAUGUUCCCAGUAAGCUGUGUCGUCAUUGACUGCAGCGAGCCUGCCACUCCUGAACCGAUACACUUCUCUGCGGAAGAGCUGGAAGAAUUCACCAAUGGCCGACCGAAACCGCUGGUGCCGAAAGUGGUGCCUCAAGGAGAGGCGUUGAUGAUGGAUAUAGCCAAGAUCGUCCGAUCCAAGAACAGCGGACCUUUUGAGCUGACUUUUGACAUCAUGUUCGAUGAUCCCGCAACAUACCAACGUGUCAAGUCAGCCAACGUCUUGACAAAUGAUGUGAUAGGACGGUUGUAUGGGGUCCAGGAGCAAAACAUUCUCACAAACAUGUAUUUUGACCCAGCGAUGGCUUGGAAAUGUACAAUAAAAAGACCUUGGGAGCAGGGAAGCAUUGGAGAGAGAGACACAUUGGGUACCCAACAGCACGCGCCGCUGUUGUACGUCAAGGUCCCUGCAGCGGUUUGAAUUGCUUGUUCAUCACAUUGGAUGGAUGUUGAGGACUUUUGUAACGUUUGCCAUUGCGUACCUAUUGAGUCAUUUGCCUCUGGGUGCCUCCCGAUAUGCAACAUCGCUGGGAAAUGCGUUCAGGUAUCAUUUGCUUGAAAUCAUAACAUC